AUGGCAAAAUGCACCCUCCUCCUUUUAGGCCUCCUGCUUGCUCUUGGUUGUGCAUUGACAAGUAGUAAAUCUAUCAAGGCAAAGCAUCUUGAUGCUGAAUCUGAGACUUUGGCUUCCCUCAACCGGAGCAGUUUUCCGAAGGGUUUCGUGUUCGGGACAGCUUCAUCCGCCUACCAGUAUGAAGGUGCUGCAAAAGAAGGUGGUAGAGGACCAUGUAUAUGGGAUACAUACAUGCACAAGCAUCCAGAGAGAAUAACGGACCACAGCACCGGAGAUGUCGCCGUUGAUGAAUAUCAUCGCUAUAAGGAAGAUGUUCAAAUUAUGAAGGAUAUUGGUUUAGAUGCUUACAGAUUUUCAAUCUCAUGGUCUAGAGUGAUACCAGAAGGAAAGCUAAGUGGGGGUGUGAACUAUGAAGGAAUCAACUAUUACAAGAACCUCAUCAACGAGCUUCUAGCUAAUGGUCUAACGCCCUUUGUCACAAUUUUUCAUUGGGAUCUUCCCCAAGGUUUGGAGGAUGAUUACGGUGGUUUCUUAAGCCCUAAUAUUGUGGAUGAUUUUCAAGAUUACGCAGAGCUUUGCUUUAGGGAGUUUGGUGGCAAAGUUAAGCAUUGGAUCACAUUGAAUGAGCCAUUGAGUUACAGCAAGAAUGGGUAUGCAACUGGGAAGUAUGCACCCGGACGAUGUUCUGAUUGGCUAAAAUUAAAUUGCCUUGGUGGAGAUUCAGGGACUGAGCCAUAUUUAGUGACGCACCACCAACUUCUAGCUCAUGCAGCCGCUGUAAAAUUAUACAAAGACAAAUAUCAGGCAUCACAAAAGGGAUCGAUAGGGAUAACGUUGAACACAGAUUGGUUUGUGCCAGUUUCUGAUGAAAAGAAAGACAAAGAUGCUGCAUCACGAGCAUUGGAUUUCUCUUAUGGAUGGUUUAUGGAUCCCUUGACAAAGGGUCACUAUCCGCAGACCAUGCAAUCUCUUGUUAAAAACCGAUUGCCGGAGUUCACUAAAGAGCAAUCCGAGAUGCUAAAAGGUUCAUUUGAUUUUAUUGGACUAAAUUACUACUCAGGAACGUAUGCAGCAGACGUACCUCGCCAAAAUGAUGCAAAACCAAACUACAAGACAGACGCUCUUGUUAAUCAAUCAGUCGAGCAUAAUGGCGUCCCCAUUGGUCCACUGGGUGCUUCUGACUGGCUCCAUGUUUACCCAAGAGGAUUUCGAGAUUUACUACUUUACACAAAGCGAAACUAUCAAAAUCCACUGAUUUACAUCACAGAAAAUGGGUACGAUGACCCUAAUGAUCCCAAAAUUCCGAUGGAGGAAUCACUUGCCGAUAAGAAAAGAAUUGACUAUCUUGAUCGCCAUCUUUAUUAUCUCCAUAAAGCGAUCCAGGAUGGUGUUAACGUGAUGGGAUACUUUAUUUGGUCAUUGUUUGACAACAUAGAAUGGAACACCGGUUACACAGUUAGGUUCGGCAUCAACUACAUAGACUUCAAAAAUGGGCUGAAAAGACAUCCUAAACAAUCAGCGGACUGGUUGAAAAAGUUCCUUAAAACGGAAAAACAUGUGGAACUUUAA